GACCUGCUUGUGGCCGCUAGCGGUACUGCAGGCGGAAGUGCUCGCACCUGUUGAUGAGAAGAGGCGUCUUCCAGCUUCAGUUCCGUCUCUAAGCAUCUGUCGCACCUGAGAAAACACCUGAGGCGCUCGCGGAACUCGCUGGGAGAAGCGGCGGCUGUGUCCGGCAGACAGAAGGAGGGUUUAUGGAUAAACUGAAGCGGGUCCUGAGCGGGCAGGAUGAGGGCAGCACGGACGGCGGCGGCAUUUUGGAGAGAGCCAAUCAGGCGUCCUCGUUGGCCUGGGGGACCAGGAUGAAGGGCUUCAUCAUCUGCUUCGUUUUGGGAACGUUCUGCUCCAUCUUGGGUACAUGUUUGCUGUGGAUCCCGGGUUUCGGACUUCCUGUUUUCGCUGUCCUCUACAGUGUGGGAAACAUCAGUGCUCUGGCCAGCACCAUGUUCCUGAUGGGGCCGCUGAAGCAAGUCAAGAACAUGUGUGCUAAAGAGCGUGCACUCGCGACCAUCAUCAUGCUGGUGUGCCUGGUGUUGACGUUGUGCGCCGCGUUCUGGUGGAAAAACAAGGGUCUCGCUCUGCUUUUCUGCAUUUUGCAGUUUCUGGCCUUCACCUGGUACGGACUCUCUUACAUCCCCUUUGCCAGGGACGCCGUCAUUAAGUUAUUCUCGCUCUGCACCUGAAAGUACCCCCAUGACACACACCAGUCUAUGCACAGGAAACGGCGGCAUGUGUGCGACGAGUACGCGAACAGAUCAUGUUUGUCCUUUGAAAUAUUCCAAACAUGAGUUUUUUUCAUGGCUUUUUAUUCAUUUCAAAUUCAAUCUGUAAUUUUGACUUUGUAACACUUUAAUGUCAAUGUUUGUGCUGAUUAUUACACGUGUCUUUAAUUCUGUACAUCAUGUUUAGGAAUUUUAUGACUGCAGUUUAUUGUCUUAUGGUCCAAAUAUUUGAAGGUCUCAACCAUUGACUGAAUAUGAGAACUGGAUAGAGUGAGUGUGAUGUCACUUAAGGAAUAGGACAAACUUCCACCUCUGACGAAAAGAAGUCGAUUCAGUCGCCAUGUUUUUGCGAUAUGAUUGCCACCAUGUUGGAGACAGACUUCAUCAAUAAGCACUGAUUAGUCAUCGUUUCUAUGGCAACCGUUCUGGCCAAUCGAGAUUGAGCUUGUUGGAAGUCCACAUCCCAACCAGUUGGAAGCAGUCCGCAUUAAAUCUCUCAAAUGUUUCAAACGUCAGACCACGAGCUUUUAUUGAGGCAUCUGAUUGGUCCAUGUAUGACUGGAAUAAUUGUGAAAAGUAAAAAAAUAUAUAUGAAAAAAAUUGGAUUAGCAAGAACGUGUUAAGCUAAAUGUAUCGGAGCAAGAACAGUUAUUGACUGUUUAUUUCUCUAUAGAAGUCUAUGGGAUUUUGGCUUCUUGAAGCCAGCAGGCACUUCCUGUUUGGAACACUAAGGGGGAGGAGUCUCUCUGUCCAGUUCCCAUAUACAGUCAAUGGUUUCAUCAGAAGGAAACUUGCUGUGUUACGAAGCUUGGAUGAUGUGAACAUCUCAAAUUUGAAAACUUUUACUGGAUCUAUGACGAUGAUCCAGAAGUCUCAUCCUUUUAUACGAACGUAUGACGCGCGUUCAAGAACGCCCUAUUAGCAGAUGGUGUUCACACUGGAUUGUUGUCACUAGUGCACGUGCUCACAGUUGGAAGAGGUGUGAAAUGUUGAAGCGGCGCUAAUCUUGCUCUAUACUUUUAAUUUCACACCUCUAUUCCGAUAUAUGAAAGUCUCGGUCUCAUAGAAUUCUGGUCGGCCAUGAACUGGAAUUAUUUAUGAUUUAUUUUCAAACUUCAUUGACUGAAAAAGGGACAUCAUCCAUGUGUCAUUAUCAAAUCCAAUCCCCGAUUGGUCAACCGGGUUGACUUUCUGUAUUUCGUACGUAGAGCCUGAAAACUGUCCCAGAAACUUGAGUAGCUACAGAAAUGUAGAAAUUGUAACCCCGCAUACAUUUAUGCGCGUUUUCAUAGACUUUUUAUUGAAAGUGGUCACUUGAACGCGUGUUGCUGAGAAUGGUGUGAACACAGCAUAAGAGCUGUGUAUUGUUUAACCUCUGUUGUCCAAUAUUUCUCUGGUCCUGAACUGUGAUGGACUUUAUCGUGAACAUGGUCUAUCGUACAGAGUCCUGAUUUGUUUCAGUUACUGUGGGGCACUCAGGUUAGCUAAAUCUAAAUAAUGUCUCUGCCGGUUAGCAUUAGACUCAAAGGUUGCGGGUAGUCAGAACUUAGAAGCGUCUUUAUUAAUUUUUUUUUUUCUAUGACACUGUUGAUACAAUAAAAAGGGUUUGGUGGAUUUUGUAUUCACCUGUUUAGAUGAUUGUAAAGCAAAGAAAUAAAAUAAAACAUUAAACAUGUUUGUACUUGCA